CAGACGGUGAGGGGCGCGCAUGUUUGGCCUGAGGCAUUGGCACGCUUUUAGCACAUUAUUAUUCUCAAUUGUGCCUUUUCUUUAAUUAACUUAGUCAUUUUCAAACUACUGAUACACUGUAUGGCGGUUACAAGGCUCAACUGGAAACGGUUUGUUCGUCGAGUUUGAUGAAAACGAGGUCAGGCUCAAACUACCGUUAGCCCCUCCUGGCGGAUUCUUUUUCGUUAUUUUUUUUCUAGAUAACACCAACAAAACAACGCAGAUAACAAUGUCGUUGACUGCUUCGUCUGAUUAUUUCGCUGCCGAGUGUCUGGUAUCGAUAUCCAGCGGUCCUGUCCUGCACAGACCCACCCCGGUCGCCCCCGCCAGCCAGCCGGUCAUGGUGGGCCUGCUCCCUGGUGAGCCAGACGUAUCGAACGAGGACAGGGAAGUGCGGGAGACACUGAGGCUGGAGGGGGCCAACAUGAUGGCGGUGGCCGGUAUCCUCACCGACCUACACGUCAAGUUCCGCCCUAUGUCGGCCUACUCGGAGAGCAGCAACUCCUCGUGUGGUGGGGAGAGCGGUUACACCACGUUGUCCGACCCGACUACCCCGACCAUGACCCCCUCCGCCACACCGGUCCCCGGACAGCAGCUGAGGGGGGGAGUAGGUGUGGGGCCUCCGCGGUCUCCGGUGAAGCGACAUCAGUGCACUUUUGACGGAUGCGACAGAGUUUACGGGAAAUCGUCCCACCUGAAGGCACACAUCCGGACACACACAGGUGAGAGGCCCUUCCCAUGCACCUGGCCUGACUGUGAGAAGAAGUUUGCCCGCUCCGAUGAGCUCGCCCGCCACACCCGCACCCACACAGGGGAAAAACGCUUCCUGUGCCCUCUAUGCGAUAAGCGCUUCAUGCGCAGCGACCACCUGAUCAAGCAUGCCCGGCGCCAUCCUGACUUCCAGCCCUCAAUGUUGGGCCGCAACAAGGGCACAUCCUCCUCUCCCAGCCCGGCCGUGUACCAUUAGGGAGGUUUAGGUUGGGGGGCGGGGGGGAGCACAGAAGGUCACGGUGGUUUCAAGUUAACCAGCUACAAUCAGAUCCACUGGUUAAGAUUUAGCAUUCCUGCGUUGUACUCAAAAAUGUGCACAUAACACGUACGCAUACACAACUCACACAGAGCUGGAUGUGAGGGGGAAGCAGCUUCGUCCCUCCAUCAACACAGAUGAGUCAUGUGACCACUAUCCACCUGCUCAACAUAACUAGGGUUGGGUAUCGAGAAACGCUCCAAAUCUUUAAGAAGUGGGUAUUUCUUAAGAAAUGUGCUUUUCGAUUCCACUUAUCGUUUCCUGAAAAGCUAAGUUUGGACCUACUGCACUUCAUUUACGAGGCCGGUUACACGUGUAUCAAAGUACGUGUAUAAUGUUUACAAUGUGACGGACUGAAAGUAGCUUUCAAAAGUGCGGCUGCGCUUCACAAAAGACAGUAAUGAUGCAGUGAAAUGUAAUCACUGCAUGGAAAUAAAAACCCUCAAGGGAAGGAAGUGUUGUCUAACAUGACGACACAUUUACUACAGAAUGGUAUAAUUAAGCAAUAGCUCACGACAGGCCUUGGUAUAUGGUCAUUAUAUCACAGUUAAGGGGCGCGGUUCGGCCCGACGAGAAUUCUACCCGUGAUAUACGCUCAUUGUACCACGGCUAAGAACCAAUCAGAUCGUUUUAUAAUAAUGAUUUUGUCCUGUAUCAUGUCAUAGUGGAUUUAAAUUUAACCUUUUUAUAGAUCAAAUAAUCAGAUGGGAAUGUCUGUUUCUGGUUAAUCCACUAAAUGAAAUACAGGGCAGAUCAAGGUACUUCAUCACAUUGAUGCAACACUUCUGUAAAAAACAAUAAUGCUAUAAAGCAGUGGUCCCCAAACUAAGGCCCGCGGGCCGGAUACGGCCCGCCUCCACAUUUGGCCCGGCCCCCUGAACAAUACCAGAGACGCAU